CUCCCCCGCCGCCGCCGCGCCAUGGCCGCCAUGGCGCCCUCCUCCUCCGCCUCCUCACUCCCCGCUCGCCUCCCCUCCAACUCCCUGACCCCACACCACGCCCGCCUGCUCCGACGCAGGGCCCCACCUGCCGCCGCCUCCGCCCCACGCCCGCUCCUCCUCUCCUUCCCCGCGCCCGCCCGCAGCCGCGGCGCCGGGCUCCGAGCCCCAGCCGCGAAGCAGCAACGCUCCGAUGAGUACCAGUUCGAGGAUGACGAAGGCGAUGAUGAUGAGGAGGAGGAAUACGGAUUCGACGGCGAGGAGGAGUGGGAGGAGGAUGAAGACGCCGACGAGGAGGAGGAGGAGGAGGAGAUGGACGUGGAGGCGAUGGAGGAGGAGGCCCGCGGCGCCGCCACCGACCUCGCCAAGCGCCUCGCACGGGAGCUCCACAUCGAUGAUGAUGUCCGGGAGAAACGAAGAAACAUCAGGGAUAAGACAUCUGUGUCUAAACAGAUCCCAGAUAAUCUUCUUCCAAAGGUGGCGAUUAUUGGGAGGCCAAAUGUUGGUAAAUCUGCGCUGUUCAACCGUCUUGUUGGGGGAAACAGGGCUAUCGUUGUUGAUGAACCUGGUGUGACAAGAGAUCGCUUAUAUGGACGAUCUUAUUGGGGUGCUCAGGAGUUUAUGGUUAUUGACACUGGUGGAGUAAUUACUUUAUCGAAGUCUCAAGCGGGUGUGAUGGAAGAACUUGCUGUCACCACUACUGUUGGCAUGGAUGGGAUUCCUCUCGCCACUAGAGAAGCUGCUAUUGCGAGGAUGCCAUCAAUGAUUGAAAAACAAGCAGUUGCAGCUGUUGAAGAAGCAACUGUCAUACUAUUCGUCGUGGAUGGUCAGGAUGGUCUUGUGGCAGCUGAUAUAGAGAUUUCUGAUUGGUUACGACGCAACUACUCUGACAAGUGUGUUAUACUUGCUGUCAAUAAGUGUGAAUCUCCACGGAAAGGGCAAAUGCAAGCAUUAGAUUUUUGGUCACUAGGGUUUUCUCCUCUGCCAAUUUCUGCUAUUACUGGCACAGGAACUGGAGAUCUCCUUGAUCUUGUUUGUUCAGAGCUGAGAAAAUUUGAGGGAUUGGAUGGAGUUGAAGAAGAGAAAAAUAAGGUUCCUGCUCUUGCCAUUGUGGGAAGACCAAAUGUGGGGAAAAGUAGUAUUCUAAAUGCUUUGGUUGGAGAAGAUAGAACUAUUGUGAGCCCAGUUAGUGGGACAACACGUGAUGCUAUUGAUACUGAGUUUACUACAGCAGAUGGGGAGAAGUACAAACUCAUUGAUACUGCUGGGAUCCGACGCAGGGCAGCAGUUAUUUCUGCUGGCAGCACAACGGAAUCUCUUUCGGUUAAACGUGCAUUUCAAGCAAUUCGACGCUCUGAUGUGGUUGCCCUUGUUAUUGAAGCAAUGGCGUGUGUUACAGAGCAGGACUAUAAAAUUGCAGAGAGAAUUGAGAAAGAAGGCAAGGCUUGUGUCAUUGUUGUCAAUAAAUGGGAUACAAUCCCAAACAAGAACCAUGAGAGUACGACACAUUAUGAGCAAGAUGUAAGAGAAAAGCUUCGCAUACUUGAUUGGGCACCUAUUGUCUACUGUUCUGCGACAAAUGGCACCAGUGUUGAAAAGAUAAUUUCCGCUGCUGCUUUGGUUGAGAAGGAAAGGUCUAGAAGGCUUGGCACCUCUAUUCUUAAUCAAGUAGUUAGAGAAGCUAUAGCAUUCAAACCACCACCACGAACAAGAGGUGGCAAAAGAGGUCGUGUAUAUUACACGACACAGGCUGCCGUGGGUCCACCGACAUUUGUUCUAUUUGUAAACGAUGCAAAGCUCUUUUCUGAUAUGUACCGCCGUUACAUGGAAAAGAAACUCCGGUCAGAUGCUGGAUUCCCAGGCACCCCCAUCCGGUUAUUGUGGCGUAGCAGGAGGCGGCCGGAUAAACGAGGUAAAUCUGCAGACAGCAAACUGCCGAGCCCAGGGACCCCAAGCAGGAUGGCUCUGGCUUCCUAAUCGAGCCACCUUUGUAGAUCUCGUUCAGACCUGAGUAUAGCCGUGGCUGAUGCUAAAGAUGUGUAGUGGAGUUUCGAGGUUCCAGACGAAUUUCCGCGACAUCGAAAUGCCAGAGUGUGGAGGAGAUCGAUGCAGGGGCAAUUGAGUGGGGGGUGCAAGUGAAUGAUCCGGAAGAUGGUGUUAUAUGGGAACUAGGAAGACAAGGGAAAGUGGAGUGGUGGGUACGAGGAUGCUGGGCGUACGGAGCACAGGAUCACCGCACGCACAAGAUGCAACUUGUUCCUGUAGAUGGGCAGGUUACAGUUACAGGCAGCUUUGCAGCUGGUUAGGACUUGGGAGGAGGAAUGGAUCUAAGUGCAAGCUGUGUGGGAAGGAAGGGACAGAUUGCAGACUUGGAGUGAAACUUGUAUGGAAGGCAAUGAGCAGACUGUGUUAGCUAUAGCUGGUGUUGGUGAGCCUUGUUUGGCUUUAGCAGCACCUUCUCUGUUUCUGGGUUGAUCACGUUCUGUGUAAUCAGCUGGGUUGAUUACCUUGGCUUUUGGCUGGA